AUGAUCAUCAAACGUUCCUUGUCUUUGACAUUUUUAAGAUAUAUACAGCUUAGCUCAAAGCAAAUAGUGAAUCGUGAUAUCAUCCGAUCUCAGUACACUAAAGUGUAUGGAGCGAAAAAUAGUAGAGAGUACCUGAAGUUAUUCACCCCAUUAUUGCAAAUCAGCAAUGAGUUGGUAGUCGUCAUAGUUCAUGCUAGAAGGAAUUCAGCAAAAUCGAACCACCAUUACCAUAAAACGGUCAUUGCGCAGAUAUUCAAAGCAAAGCAAAGCAAAGCUCCCUCCAUGUUUAAGCUCGAUGUGGAACAUAUGAUGCAUAUGGUUGAGGUGAAAAAGUUUAAUACAAUGGACGAUAGGUUCAAAUGCGAAAUCAAAGAAAUAUACUUUCCAGGUACCAGGAACAAAGACGGCACCACUGCCUCGGCAAUGAAAUAUUUCCAAUCCCAAGCAGCCAAGGGCCUCUAUGUGGCUGAAUAA